AUGACUUUGAAGAACUGUCACGCUAGUACGCCGCUAAAGCUUCCGUGCGGUUUAAUGCUGAAAAAUCGCCUCGUCAAGACCGCUAUGUCUGAAAGUAUGGCGAUUAACUUUCAACCAACUCAGCAGCACUCGAAAAUGUACAGCAAGUGGGCUUCAGGAGGCUGGGCAAUGCUAAUCACCGGGAACAUUAUGGUCGAUGUUAAUCAUCUCGGAUCCAUGAGGGAUGUUGCUGUCUCUGGAGCCGAAACGAGCAUAAUCCGAAACUGGGGAGUCUGGGGGGAAGCAGCUCAGACUUACGACUGCUGUGUCAUUGCUCAACUAAACCAUCCUGGUCGACAGUCGCCGAUUGGAGCUGGGAAUAGGCGACUCUUCUCCAAAACACUUGCCCCUAGCGCUAUUGCAAUGAAUCUCGGAAAUAGUUGCCUUGCUGGCCUAGCUGGUGCUGUGGUAUUUGGUACACCGAAAGAAAUGACCCAACAAGACAUUGAAGCGGUCAUUUCCCAAUUUGCCAAUGCGGCAAGGCUGGCAUCAUUGGCUGGGCUGCAGGGUGUCGAGAUCCACAUGGGACAUGGCUUUCUGCUCUCCCAAUUUGCCUCACAGGCAAGUAAUACCCGCCAGGAUGUGUUCGGUGGCUCAGCAACCCAACGUGUGGAGCUGACUUUGCGAAUCAUCCGCGCCGUCAGAGAUCUUGUUCCCAGAUCAUUCUGUGUUGGCGUGAAGAUGAACGCGGCGGAUUAUAUGGAGAGCGAUGCUGCCGUCGAUAUGUUGGAACAGGUGCGAGUUCUCCAGAAGGAGCAAGUUGACUACCUGAACCUUAGUGGCGGAUCCUUUGAAAACCCACAAAUGAUGAGCAACGACCAGUCCCUGGCAGGGCGACCCAUGAAGACAGCACGCACUCAGGCUCGUGAGGGCUUCUUUAUAGAAGCAAGCAAGCGAAUUCGCGCAGAAUUUCCCGACUUGGUAAUUAUUCUGACGGGCGGAUUUCGCAGCCGACCUGGCAUCCAGGCUGCAUUGGAAAGUGGAGCUUGUGAUCUUGUAGGCAUUGGCAGACCGGCUAUCAAAUAUCCUCACCUACCCAAAGAUAUCGUCUUUAAUAGUCAUCUGCCAGAUGACGAAGCCCGGUUUGACAUUGACCUGGUAAACCGGACAUGGCUAGCAUCGUAUAUUCCACCCGUUGGCGCAGGAGUAGAAACUAAAUACUGGGCAACCAAAAUGAGAAACAUUUAG